AUGUUUUAUCGACUCAUAUCAAAGAGUAUUAAAGUGGUAGGACCACAUGACCCAACAACGAAACCAUUCAAAAAACAAAACCCUGUUGGACCAUUUGUAGGGAAAGUGUUAAUCAAGGCGAAUGACAAUCUUCUAUCGGAAACCUAUUAUCAUGGUAUUGUUAAUUGCGUUGAUGUUGAAAAACUGUUGAUAAGAGAUGGAGAUUUUCUGUUUGGCAUUCCAGAAGAGGAUGAAGAAGAGUCAAUUGUGUGGGUGGUGCGCUAUAAUCGUGAUUUGUGGGCAUUUAAUAUUGGUUUAACCGAAAAGGAUCUAUAUUUUGUUAAUCAGAAAUGUUUCAAAAAAAUUAGCGAAAUGGUCUCAGAUUAUAUUCGUACACGAAAACCGAUUCAUGAAACUCUGCCCAUCGUUGUAAAGCGACCUGUUCCUCAUCCGGCUUGGGUAGUGUCACAUGAUCGAGUACGUCUGAAGGAUGAGCUUGGCGAAGGGGCAUUUGGUCGUGUAUAUAAAGGUAUACUACAAGUUGGCCAUACUUACAUGACUGUUGCUGCAAAAACAUGCGUUGGACAAGCCAGUGAUAAAACCAAACGAGCUUCAUUUCUUCAAGAAGCUAAGGUUAUGAGAGACUAUAAGCAUGAAAAUUUGGUGCAGUUUAUCGGUAUCGCAUGUCAAAAAGAGCCACUGAUGAUAAUUGUUGAAUUCUGUGGUGGCGGAUCUUUAUUAAAGUAUUUACGGAAGAAAGGGGCGCAUCUCGGAAUAGCAACCAGAUAUCGUUUCGGUAAAGAAGCAUCGGCAGGUUUGAAAUAUUUAGAAGAGAAACGAUGUAUCCAUCGAGAUGUAGCCGCUAGAAACUGUCUUCUUACAGAACACGAGUUGACGUUGAAAAUAUGCGAUUUCGGAUUGUCAAUCAGGGAGCAACAAAUUUCGAAUUCCGAAAUACAGUUGCCAACAAAGUGGCUUUCACCAGAAGCAAUCAAAUCACUGCAAUUUACUACCAAAAGUGAUGUUUGGGCAUUUGGUGUACUACUAUACGAGAUAUUCACCGAUGGCAGCGAGCCAUAUCAUGGUCAUCCAUUAGUCAGUAUGAGUAAUGCACAAGUGCGAGAAAAACUAACUGAUGGUAGUAAGUAUCGAAUGGAAAUACCUCUUGACGUACCGCCAGGUAUUAUGGAACUGAUCAAGAAAUGCUGGAUGGAAGAACCGAAGCAAAGACCGACAUUCAAGGAGAUUAAUCGGACACUUACCAAAAUAGCAUUUGUUUGA